GGUUCGAUGAUAAGCUCCAAGAAUAUGAUCACAUCUAGGACACGAGUGAAUGAUAUCCUUACACGAAUGUAUACAAAAUGGAAUUAGACAACAACCAAAAAUUAUUAAAGAUCCAGCCACAAUCCACGUGAAACUUCCAGUUCUAAUCGUCACUCGCUCCAACGUAACCAAAGCAGYCUUGGACGUCAAUAGCUGGUGUAUGUGUAGUUCGUGACUUGGGUUCUGUUAACUCGACUCGCUUUAGGCUUUGUUUAUCGAGGACGACGUUGUUAUUACAACUCUAUUAUACCAUUUACCUUGGCAUUAUUGGUCACUAGAUAAUUAGCAGUGCUCGUUGGCAAGGAAUAUAUACCUAGUCAAGACAGUCAGUGUGGGCCUUGGAUCAGUCGUCAAUCGGAUCGCAACUCAUUUUCAAUCUGUACAUAUACCGGGGRAAAAAUCUACGAGCAUUCUUGUACUUCUAGGCAGAACUAGCGAUGAACAACACUACGACUGUUGAUCCGUUUGCGCUCUGCAAGAAUCCCACUUCACCAUGGUUUAUCGUAUACACCACAUUCUUGGUACUAAUUUUGCUUGCCACUCUAUUUGGUAAUGGCCUCGUCGUACUUUCUGUCUACGUAUUUGCACGGCUUCGAAGGGUCUCCAAUAUGUUUAUAGUAUCGUUGGCUGUAAGCGAUCUUCUGGUAGCGCUCGCGUCGCUACCCCUUCGUAUCGACCAGUCUGUCCACAACAUGAACUGGUGCUCUUCGACUGCGACCUGUGUGUUUUGGGUCUCGACUGACGGUAUUUGGAGCGCUGCUUCCAUCUGUAACCUGGUCAUAAUUUCAAUCGACCGCUUCCUCGCCAUCACCAAGCCGUUCGCGUAUCAGGAAAAAAUGACCAAGACGGUUUGCCUGGGUUUAAUAACUUUUGUGUGGGUCUAUGCGGUCACAUGGGGUCUGCUGAGUCUAAUCUACUGGUCUAACGGGGAAGAACCAGCAUGGACCGGGGUCUUCUCAACAGGAGAACACUACUGUCAGAAAAACGACCGCUUUUACUAUACAGCUACAUUUGUGUUCGCCAUAUUUAUUCCACUAGUCAUCAUCAUCAUCACUUAUGCCUCGAUUUUUAAGGUCGCGUUGAUGCAGGCCAAGAUGCUGGCAUCGCAGGACCCGACCAGACGAGGACAUAGGCGCAGUGUACGCGAGCUCAAGGCGACCAAGACCAUCGCGAUUGUCAUCGGAGUUUUCGUAGUAUGCUGGCUUCCAGCUUUUGUUAUAAUAACCAUCAGCUUGUGGUGUUCUCCCAAUGAUUGCUUCUCGGGAUUUGCAAAGUAUCCCGCAUUCUCGUUGGCCAUUCGCAUCCCUUUUGUUUUUGUCUUACCUAUCCUUAACAGCAGCGUUAACCCCAUCAUCUACGCUGUUUAUAACAAGGAAUUUCGAGACGCUUUUCGAAAGAUGCUUAGGCUCGAUAGCGGUCGUCAAUCCGGAGCGGAUUAUCUAGAGGAAUAUUCCUGCACCGAGCCUACUCAUGUUAGAAGGUUACUUGAUUCGAAUUCCAAGGGCUCUAGAAUCGACACAAACAUGAAUGGGGGAUCCAAGAUAUAACUAUACACCGAGAACUUAAAUCAACCUGUGUCUUCUUGGUACGCUAUCACCAUGGAAUGCGCGGAACUUCAUUCCGCUUUCAAUUUCCCCCCGAUCAAUACGUGAUGUCUUAUAGCGGUUUGUGAUGAGUUUAAAAGGUGUAAACUAUUGAUUGACCAAGUGACCGCGAAACGAUUUCAAAAGACAACAGCUAACCCCUGGAGCGGUUUGAAAAACGUUACUCUUUUCAUACUUACCUCACGUCAUGAAAACAAAAUGGAUUUCYCCCAUUAGGUUUAUAUGUCGGGCUGAGAUGAAAUUAUAUACUACUAUUUUGACAAACGUCAAACUUUAACUCUCUAGGACAUUUAUAUUUAGUAAGCUCUUUCAAACCGUGUUUUGUUUUAAUUCUUAUAGUGAACCUACAGACUUUACGGCUGUUUUUAAGCAGAUCUACCUCRAGCUCAGCUCUCUUCUCGCUUAUAUUGGUUUAGAAAAUUGGAAAACUUGCGCGCCAAAUUACCAAGAUUAUUCCCAAAAAAACCGAACGGAAAAGAAUUAAACCCAGCUAAUAACUUCUCAACUUCAUACCGGUUGAUGAUAUUUUUUUGCUUCGUAAACACUCUAAGACCAAGACAGAUUUUCGGGUCAAAUUGGUAUUUUUAUUCGAUAAUUACAAGCGCAGAAGAUAUUUUUUUUCAACCCUGUUUGAAGGUUUUAGUUUAGGCAAGUUUAAAACGCGUCGGCACAUCGUAURCUUCAAAGAAACGAUUGAGCAAACAACCAUUUCUAUUGUUGUAUAAGAUCUGUAUAGAGAUGUCUAGAUUUAUUAGAUUUGUCGACAAUCCAAUUCACUUGGGUCUAUUUUUGACUGUCUGUAAAAGAAAUAGGAAGAGGGUGCCAUGGUUUUUGGUUAAUGAGUUAGAGGGGGGGGGGGGGUCAUUAGAUUUCAACUCUGCUUCCAUUUGCGGAUUUCUCAGGGUUGUUUCUUUGUGUACAUUUGAAUAGAUUGUUUGUAAUUCUCGGCAUAAAUGAGUUACCCGCUUCUUUGAUCGUUCUUUAUUGUGUUAUUAAAUGAAGCCUUUUUUAUCAUC